AUGGACCAAACACAGAGGAGAAUGCUGGGCCAGCCCUCUCCCAGCCCUGCUUCCCAGCCCAUGAAGAAAAGGACUUCAAUCAUUUCUUUCUUUUCCAAGGUCUCCGGGAGACUGAGGUUCCAGAAGCGCGAACCCUUGAAGAAUAUGUUUCUCCUCCUGGCAGAGAGAGCUCGGGACCCCAGUGCUAAGAAGCGCCACAUGGCAAUGCGAGGCCUGGGCACCAUGGCCCGUGAGGCCCCGGACAAGGUGAGGAAGUAUAAGAAGGCUGUGCUAGCCCUGCUGGUGCACGGAUUGUACGACCCUGUGAGUUCUGAGGUCAUCCACGAGAGCGUGAAGACUCUGACCAUCAUCCUGGGCAAGAGCCAGGGGAAAGGCUUGGGCUCCUUCUUCGUGGACAUCACCCUUCAGACCAGGACUUUAUUAGAUGACGAGAAUGAUGGAGUGCGGUACUCGGCCUUUGUUUUGUUUGGGCAACUGGCUGCCUUUGCUGGGAGGAAGUGGAAGAAGUUUUUCAGCAGACAGGUCAAGCAGACACAAGAUUGCCUCCUGAUCCAUUUACAGGACAGAAACCCCCAGGUUGCCAAGGCUUGCAAAACAACUUUUCGAGCCUGUUCUCCAUAUCUGAAACACCAGAAGGAAUUCAGCUUCCAGAGUGAGGAAGACGAGAGGAACCCUAAACUCUGCCGACAGCUGAGCCACUGUCAUCCAGAGCUCCUGCAGUUCUUCUACGCAAAUAAAAUUCUGUAA